GGCCAGUAUUGGGAAAGUUUGGGACAACACGGAUUAGCGGAGACGGCGCACCGAAAAGCAUCGCUAUUAAGUACAGAGAUACUAGGGCCUGAGCAUCUCUUUACGCUGACGAGUAUGAACAACUUAGCGUUGGUACUUAAUAGCCAGGGAAAGUGGAAGGAGGCUGAGGCAAUAAACCAGCAAACACUAGCGCGAUAUGAGAAGGUGCUCGGGACUGAGCAUCCCUCUACGCUAACAAGUAUGAAUAACUUAGCAGGGGUUCUAAGUAGCCAGAAAAAGUAUAAGGAGGCUGAAGAAAUGAACUGGCAAACACUAGUGCUGCGAGAGAAAGCGCUAGGGCCUAAACAUCCAGACACGCUAACUAGUAUGGGCAAUUUAGCGUGGGUGCUAAGUAGCCAAAAUAAGUACAAAGAGGCUGAGGCAAUAAACCGGCAGACGUUGGCGCUGCGAGAGAAGGUAUUAGGGCCUGAG